AUGGUUGUCUGCACGUACUUUCAGCAGGGGCGGUGCAGAUUUGGAGACCGUUGUAAAUUUGAGCACCCCAGCCAGCAGACAUUGAGCUCCGGCAACCGUUUCGGGGCACUUGCUGGGGGAGGUUUCGGAGGCCGUGGCGCCCAGACUCAGCAAUCUGCAGACUAUGGAAUCACUACGGCGGACAUCAAGGCCGAUCUUACCGCCGGGAAAGGCCGGCCAGAAUGGAUUUUUUCUUGCUACGGUCCCGGCAGAAACGCCCCAAGGCAAUUAUUUGGAGGCGCUAAUCGAGAGCGGAGUUUUGAAGAACUGCGACUGCGCCAUUAUGAGGCUGCCGCAGCAGGCAACGCCGACCAGGCAGUCCAAGAAGCUCAAGCUCUGUAUGGGGAGGCCUUGAAGCAGAUGGAUGUCAUCCUGAAUGAUCUAAACGGUGCUGUGAAGUAUGUCGUCGACGGUAUCAAUGAGCAUCCCAACAGAAUUGAUAUCGUGGAGGGCAAGACCGGCCCUGCUUCCACCCCAGCACCUUCUGCUUUCGGUCAGCCCUCGCAACCUAGCCAACCUUCACCAUUCGGGCAACCCGCUGCUCCCAGCUCAGCACCGGCUUUUGGUCAGCCUUCAGGAUUAGGCAGUCAACCCUUUGGCAAGCCAUCUGCGUUCGGUCAGCCGUCAGCCUUCGGGCAGCCCUCGGCCUUGGGCCAAACAUCUGGCCUGGGGCAAGCACCUGGCUUCGGACAACCAAGUGCUUUAGGUCAAGGGUCUGCAUUUGGACAGCCCUCAGGCUUGGGAGGAGGGCAAUCGGCAUUCGGUAAACCAGCCUUUGGCCAGCCUAGCUUUGGUCAGCCUUCUACUGGCCAGUCUUCGUUCGGCCAGCCAUCAUCCCUUGGAACAUCGGCAUUCGGGACACCUGCUGCGGCCUCCCCAUUUAGUCAGAUAUCAGCCCCUAGCCAGCAACCAAGCGGCUUUGGUCAGUCCGCCGGACAAGCAUCACCGUUCGCACAGGUCGGGAGUCAAACCCCCGCCGCGUCCUCUGGCUUCGGUCAACCCUCGACAACACAGCCUGCUGGUUUUGGUCAACCGUCACAGACAGCUUCGCCUUUUGGUCAACCACAACCACCACAACAACAACCGGCCUCAAACCCGUUUGGACAACCCUCCACGGCCGCAGCUCCGAGUGCCUUCGGGGCUCCAAGCCAACCAGCUGCACCUUCAGGAUUUGGACAGCCCGCUAGCGGAUUUGGACAGUUAGGCCAAUCAGCGCCUGCUCCCGCUCUUGCAUCCACGCCAACAGCUACCGCAGGAACCGGCCCUCCUGCCAUCAUCAAGAUAGACAACCCCAAUGAGCUACACCCCAUCCCACCGCUGACAGGUCAGACCAUCCGCGACCCUAUGACCAAGAGGCUCUCUGCUUGGAAGGGGCAACCGGUCAAGUACAUCAACAACGAACCCUGCUAUCUACAUCCGCAGGAUCGUCAGACCUACGUCCGCAUCUUCUUUCCAGAUGGACCCCCUGACGCAGCCAGCUUACGGGACGCACAUGCCAAAGACGAGGAGUAUACAGCUGAGGUCACCGCGCAGUACGAGUUCUUCGUGCAAAACGGAUGCUUCAAGGACGGGGUGAUUCCAAGCGUGCCCCCGAAGACAGAAUGGGUGAGCUUCGACUUUUAG